AUGAUAAGGAUACGUUCAAGGCUUCCCGGUGUCCUGGAUUCGGAGGAUGAAAUUGACGAUGACGGCCGCCAGCAGGGAAAUGGCCAGCACCGAAGGCCCAAACCGAUCGUCGAACCCGCUUUGGCCACGCUUUCGGAUGCUGCGCGCUCGCCAAUGGAAGGUUACCAGCGCAUAGAUCAUCGCCGCCAUGGCGAUAAACGUGAACAGACCGGCAGAAAUGCGACCGACGCGGUCGCCAAAGUUGAGGAGGCCAAUGGCCAGACCUCCCAGAAUGACGGUGAAGUUGAGCCAGGAGAGGAAAGUGCGCUCAUUGGCGAAGAAAACCUUGGGCUCGACACGGUGAGCUCGCCAGCGACAAACAGGUCUCGCCCCGCCGAGCAGUUGCAUCAGGCAGCCCAGCUGAAGCUGCUUGCCGCAUCCGACGUUGGCGGCUCACGUGCAUGGGCCUUUCUCACCCAUUGGGGUUCCUGCGGCGUAAGCGGCUGUCGGCAGAUUGUUGUUCCGGCGAACCCUGAGGCUGGCGCGCCAUUCCCCUUUCGGCGGCGCGGCAGGUCGCUUUGGCAGCUCCGCGAUCCAAGCGUCGAUCCAACCGCGCGCCAGACUCCGGUUGUGUUUAUCGACGGUCUGAGCAAUCCAGCGGAACAUUCGAUCUUCUCGUCGAGACAAUUAGAGGACGCUCUGAGACUCGACACCGGCAGAAUGGCAGUCGAGGUCUCAGCACCUUCUUUUCCAGUACCCGUUGCGGAACUUACGAGGAUUGCGACAGAGGCAUGCGACGCCGCUCUCCAAGGAUCGACAGGUUAUGAUCACGAGAAAGUCGGGUCCUGGAAUUCGCAGAUCAUUAACGGAAUUUUGAAGGCCCUCAUCAGCGCUACCAGCCCCAAAGAUCCCUCCACGCCGCCCCCUUACCGGUUCACCGUCAACAGCACGAUCGUGCAGCAGGGCGUCGUCGACAAGGCCGCAGUGGCAGGCAACAAUGCUGGUGAUGUGGGCAAGCGCGGCAUGCACUCUGCCUCGGGCGCCUUCUGGGACGUCAACCGCGACGGCAUGUGGACGUUCAAGUACCCCGGCGCCGAGGAGCGGGGGCUCGACGUCGUCGUCAGCAUCACCUGGUUCGCGAUGGGCUGA